AUGCUCCGGCCUAUGUAUAGAGGUGGUGGCAGAAAUGUGGGGGUGGAGUGGAGUAUGCCUGGGGGGCGAGCGAUGGGUGACUGUCCCGCAAGGGUGGUGGCUCAAGAUGCCACAGCGCGCAUGAGUGCGUGUGUGGAGAAAGAGGGUGCGCAUGCGUGUGUGCGGAAGCUGUUUCGAGACAUGCCGGACCUGUGCGGAUCAUUCUAUGCUUACUUCAUUCAGGACUGGUUCCGCUCCUUCCAUCCCCAGGCCUUCCUCUUCCUGCGGUUCGAGGACUACAUGGCCAACCCCCGCCCACACAUCGCCCAAACCCUCGACUUCCUUGGCUUCCCCUCUGCUGACGUGGCGGAGGAGCAGUGGGCAGGGAUCGUCGACCUGGAGCGCGUGGAGCAGCGGCCGGAAGGCAUGGCGAGGGAGGAGCUGGAUGGGGUCACAAGGGAGUACCUGGGGGCGUUCUUCGCGCCUUUCAAUGCAGAUCUGGUGCGGUUGCUGCGUGAUGAGAAGUAUUCGUGGAAGAGAGGGCAGAGGUGA